AUGAAAUUAUUUGAAUUCGAUUAAACAUAAGAAGAAACUCUAAAAUUACUUGAAGAAGUUAGAAAUCACAAUGCUAAAUAAUUCGAUUAUAUAAUGGAUGUAGGGAAUAAAAUAUCAAAACAUGCAAAAAAUAAAGAUUUAGAAGCUUUGUAAGAAGUAGUUAAUAGGAAUAUAGACAUUCUGCAUCUCUUACGUAUGCGUAUUGAGGAAACUUUUGAAUAAGUUUUACUAUUUCGCUUUGAUGAUAUUCUUGAAUAUUUUCUUGAAAAUGGACUUAAUAUAAAAGAUAUAAAUAUGACCAGGGGUGUUAAUAAAUAAAAUUUUGAAUAUGAGUAUGAAUAUGAGUAUGAAUAAUUAUUUUUUUCUGCAUAUAAAAAAUUUUACCUAAUCAAAAAAAUUUCAAUAAAUAAUUAUUAAAUAAAUCAUAAAAUAAUAAAAUUAAUAGUUUUUAAAAAAUAUAUUUGA